AUGUCCCUCUCCUACAAUGACCCGUCCGCCGUGUAUUACAAUCUGCUUAUUCUGGAAGCAUCAUUUCGUGAGACGUACCUUUCUCUGAGAGCGAGACGCUGGAAGUAUCUUUUGUUUUUGAGUGCGAUUUUCGUGUGGAACGCGAGUUUCUGUUACUGUGUGUUUUGGCAGCCAUCAGUGUAUGCGUUGCUUGCACUGCUCCAAAAGUUAUGUUGUUUGACGGGUGUUGUUACUCUGCUACUCUUUUGUUUCUCGGGACUGUAUUCAAGUACAAUUGUUUAUCCAACCAAAUACGUCUUGUAUACGAAUAAGACGUUACGACUCUUCUACGUCCGGCUUGUCGUGACACCGUUCUCUCUGUUUCAGUGGCGACGGCCGCUUGAUGCAGGUGUGCAUCUAGUGUUGUCAAGCAAGGCUUUUGACAUUGCUUUUAUAGAUGGAUGGGAGUACUUCCGGACGCAGUACCUCUUGGCUCAAAAUCGUCGUAAGAAGAUGCGUCCACGCAAACAGAAGCGACCACCACGCAGACAACGGCCUCCACCAAGUUCCAUGCGGACACGACGUCAAGCAGUUGGGGAUGCCGACGGGACUGGUUCUUCUAGAUGGGCUGAAUCCAUGAUGCCUAGUGAGCCCCUUCGGCGUGUUACAGAAUAG